AUGGAAACGGUGGAUAUUAACCCGGAUAUCAUUGAUGAAGUAUGGCGAAGUGUUACAACAAGGAGUCUGCUGGAGCUUGAUGAGGAUAGCAUUCGAACUUUGAAUCCGAACAUCAUCGACAAACUGUAUUCUUUGUUGAAGCAACUAAGCGAGCUUUCCAAAUUUGGCGAUCCUUCGACUUUGCUGGAAAGAAGCAGUUUCUCGAAAUCGGUUCAUGCGGAUAUUCAAAACGAUGCUUCCAUCUAA